AUGUCUGUUAACCCCAAACUCCAGGUAAAUGAAGACCCCGGUGACAGCACUGAAUCAGAGGAGGGCCUGGGCCUUGAUGAUCCGCAAUCCAUUCAUAGACCAGCUGGUGGCCUUUCUAGGAGCGGAGGAAAAGAAGGAGAUGAUAAAGAUGAUGAUGAAGACGAGAGCGGAGAUGACACCUCAGCUGAUGAUGACAAUGGCCCAGGACCCGAAGAGAGGCGAGGAGGGAACUCCAGACUCGGAAGCGGUGAGGACCCCACUGACAGCACACAGUCCACGGAGGAUGGUGUCCCACGGGGGGAAGACAGUGCUCAAGACACCACCAGUGAGAGCAGGGACUUUGCCAGUGAGGACGAGGGGCGCAGCAGGCCUGAGGGACGUGACUCCACUCCAGACAGCGAGAGUGCAGAGCAGUGGGUGGGAGGCGACAGUGAGGGAGUCGGUAGCCACGGGGACGGCUCUGAGUUUGAUGAUGAAGGAAUGCAGAGCGAAGACCCCAACACCUUCAGGAGCGAGAGAAGCAAUUCCAGAAUAAGCAGGGCCAGCAUCAGGUCAAAAGAUUCGCAAGGGAGCCAUGGGCAAGCAAGGACUCAGGGUUCCGGUGAAAGCCCGGCAGUGGGGUAUCCCAGUAGGAAAUUUUUCAGAACGUCUCGCAUCUCGGAGGAAGAUGGCAGAGGUGAGCUUCAUGAUAGCAACACCAUGGAAGAAAGCAAGAGUGACUCCCCAGAAUACCCCGACUCCAAAGAAGCUGGUCUCAGCCCAUCCAGGGAACACAGCGAGAGUGAAUCUCAACAAGAGAGCGAGGAGGGUCAGUCCCCAGAAGACAGUCAGAGCGUCCAAGACCCCAGCAGCGAGUCCAGUGAAGAGGGUGACCUGCCUUCUCAAGAAAGCAGUAGUGAAUCUCAGGAAGAGGUCGUGCGCGAGUCCAGGGGUGACAACCCCAAUAACGUUACCAGUCACUCAGAAGAUCAGGACUCCAGUGACUCCAGUGAUGAGGACAGCUCGGAUAAACCCUCCAGUUCAGAGAGCAGAUCCACAGAGGGGCAAACCGACAGCGAAUCCAGUGAGAGCCUCAGAUCCUCGGAGGAAAGCCCGGAGUCCACCGAAGAGGAGAACAGCUCCAGCCAGGAGGAGCCCUGGUCUCCCAGCGCCUCGUCAGAGAGCCAGAGCCGGGAAAGCCAGGAGGACAGCCCGUCUGAGGAGGAGCAGAGCAGCGAUUCUCAGGACAGCAGCAGAUCAAAAGAAGAGAGCGACUCAACUGAGAGCACAUCAAGCAGCGAGGAAGACAUCCAGUCCAGAAACACCGAGAUAGAAAGCAGAAGGUUGACAGUCGAUGCUUAUCACAACAAACCCAUCGGAGAUCAGGACGACAAUGACUGCCAAGACGGCUACUAGCACGGGCGUUCCUGAGUGCCUCUCACAGACACGUGUCUUGGGGGUUGGAGACUAGGGAAAUCAUGAGAACUGUAAUUUAUUGACGUUUGUAUCAGAAGAAUAACCAGAGACCAUUCCUUUAUGAAAGGAAAUACUGGACAUUAUACUUCUUUCUAGGAUGUCACCAAACCAUAGAGGUUUCAAUAAUGGGGUAUUUCACUAGAAUACCCUCAAUGAGACCUGAUGCAAGGAAAGAUGUGCAUUAUAGCUUCACAGCUGAAAUAGUUCCUAACUCAUUAACCUAACACACAGUUACUGAGAUUCUGUUAGGUACCAGGCACUGUGCCAGGUGCUGGGGAUAUAAAGAAGUUAAGACUUAUUUCUUGCUCCUGAGGAGCUUAUGGAGGGAUAAAUAAAGUGAAAGAGGGAUACGUAUGACAGAAGCAAGAAUUACUACUAUCCAAUGAGGUGAGUCCUAUAACACAGGUGUGCACAGAACACAUGGGAGCACAGAGCGGGGACCAACUUUGCCUUAGAGAAUCAGAGAAGGCUUCACAGCAGAAAAGACACUGGACUUGGAGCAUUGCAUAGGAUUUCUCCAUUUAAGAAAAGACAGUUCUAUUUAUUCUUGGUACAGGCAAUAGAAAAUCCUGUAUGAAUAAAUAUUUAGUUUGUGAAAGCACUUUCAAAUUAUGGCAUGGUGAGGUGUUUUGGAUAAGCAAAACUUUUUCCAUUAAUUUAUCCUUUUCAAUGUUUUUUGUGGUACUCCAGUGAGCAUCACCUCCCUGCCCACUGGUGAUGAUAUGGAGGAAUGGUUUGGGGAGAGUGGAAAAAGAAAAUUCCUCUUUAAAUAGACAACUUUCAGCUUACUUUUUUCUAAGACCAGUCUAUGUGCAAUGUUAGAAAAACUGUUCUCAGAGUCCUUUGCCUGUGUCGCACGUAGCAAAAUUGUGUGUAUAGAAUUCAACUGAUUUUUGCCAAAUACCCUUUCAAAUGUU